UCGAAUAGGAAAUCGAUUCUACUUCAUCAACAUGGCCGCUAAAGCUCUCGUCAUCUUCUGCGCUCAAGCGUUGCUUGUCCAGGUCGCCUACUCCCAAUCCUGUCUUGGGCUGGGCGGUCCUUAUGGAAUGGGUCUGUCUCCAGCCUUACCCAACGCAGGCUUACUGAACAAUGGCUUAAUUUCUCCAGCCUUAGCUGCUAGAGGACUUGUAGCAGAUGGAAUGCUACAAGGAGCCUACCCCCCAGCCAUGGACUUCACUGCAACUAGUGGUGGUUCUCUGCCAGUAACUAGCUCAUCAGCGAUUGCCCCAACUGGAAUUUCCAUAGUGUCUGAGAAUGUGUUUGAAGGUGCUUUGUCUGUCGCUGGUGAGCUACCGUUCGUUGGAACCACGGGAAUGGAAGGAGCUAUGCCGUCAGCUGGAGCCGGUGCCAUAAAUCAUGCUUGUGGUAAUGGUGUGACGACUAUGGCCAGUGACUCCAUUGCCUAUGGCGCUGGUGCUGCCAUUCCGCCCAUUGCUGCCACCUUCCCUGCUGGUCCCUUAACUGCUCCAGUAGCUGCCUUCAGUCCUAGUCCCCUAGCUGGAAGGUUUGGUCUAAAUGCAUGUGCUGGUAAUGUCGUGGGUGGACUGGCUGUGAGCAGUACCUCUAGCAUCGCUCCCAGCGGGCUCUCGCUAGCGUCUGAGAAUGUGUUUGAGGGUGCUCUGUCCGUGGCUGGUGAGCUGCCGUUCGUGAGUGCUGUGGCUCUGGAGGGCGCGCUGCCCAGUGCUGGUGCUGGCGCCGUCAGCUACAGCUGCGGUAACGGUGUCACUGCUAUCGAGAGCAUCGCUCCUUCUGCUGCUGCUGCUAUUGCUCCUGCGGCAGCAGCUGCAGCUCCUGCUGCUGCUUAUGGCGCUGCAGCACGCUAUGGUCUCGCUGGCUAUGGACUGGGCCCUGCUGGCGUCUCUCCUACCGCUCUCGGACUCGGCUACAAAGGACAUGGAUGCGGUUGUGUUGUUUAA